AGCUGAGGGAAGGGCAAGGCCGACGCCCACGGCCAAUGACGUGCGGCGCUCCGGGGCGGAGGCGCAAUCAGCGGAGAGGAAGGCUGCCUAUAUAAGGGGCGGCGGGGGGCGAGAAGGCCAUAGUGAACCCAUCCCUGCAAGAGAACAGACAUCAUGGCAAACUGGCUGGCUGUCACCCUGGUCGUCUCCUGCCUGCUGGUGGGCAGCGUGACCCCUCAGAUCACCUUCUCCAGGUCAUGGGUGCCGCAGGGCAAGAGGUCGUCAGACCCCGCCGAGCCCGCUGACCCCUGCAGGGACGCCAAGAUGGCCACCCUGACCACCCUGGCCGGCCAGCUUGUGGACCUGAUCAACGAGGUGGGCGAAGCCGACCACACCGCUCUGCCUGAGGACGCCACCGCGGCCCUCAGACUGAGACACACCCUUCUGCAGAGACGCCGCCGCAUGGCCUGAACACGAACUCAGGACGCCGCCAAACCUCACCGAGAAGCUCGAGGGUUUGGAAACAAGACAACACGCACCAAAACACGAGUCUACGAGGUACUGCUCGGCGACGGCGGCGGACAACAGUGAGCGGCUCAACGCGGGGUGAGGAGAGGGCGCCAGUGUCCUCCUGAGCCUCGGGUCCGGGCCCCGGGUGGGUGUACUAUAUGUAGUGCGGAACUUUUAUUUUUGUAAACAAUGACGUUUGUUUAGCCUCCUUCAAUUCACCUUAAUGGAAACCUUCUCUUGGAUCUGUGUUGAGUCAGAAAUAAAAUUAACUUUAGCGAGCCAAUUGUUAUCAUUGUUUAUUUUAUGAUUAUCAUUAUCAAUAUCAUUAUAAUUAUUAUACAAAAACAUGUUAAAAGUACACACACACACACACACACACACACACACACACACACACACACAGAUCAGUUCAUGCUACUUUUUGUUACUUAUUUAAGUAUUAAAACAACACCCCAAAAAGAAAGCAGCGUCGGGCGAGCAAUUGAAAAUAAAUUUGUAAACUCAUU